UUAGAUAUGGAUGAAUGCAGCAUACGAAACAUGUGUCUUAAUGGUAUGUGCAUCAAUGAAGAUGGAAGUUUUAAGUGUAUCUGCAAACCUGGUUUCCAGUUAGCUUCAGAUGGACGUUACUGCAGAGAUAUUGAUGAGUGUGAGACACCAGGAAUAUGCAUGAAUGGACGCUGUGUGAACACCGAUGGUUCUUUCAGAUGCGAAUGCUUUCCGGGCCUUGCUGUGGGGUUGGAUGGACGUGUGUGCGUUGAUACCCAUAUGCGAAGCACAUGCUAUGGUGAAUACAGAAGAGGUCAAUGUGUUAAACCAUUAUCUGGCGCAGUAACUAAAUCCGAAUGUUGUUGUGCAAGCACAGAUUAUGCAUUUGGGGAACCUUGCCAACCUUGUCCCGCACAAAACUCAGAGGAAUAUAAUGGUCUUUGUAGCAGUGGCCCAGGAAUUACAGCAACAGGAAAUGAUAUCAAUGAAUGCGCAUUGGAUCCUGACAUUUGUCCAAAUGGAAUCUGUGAAAAUCUGCGUGGAACAUACAAAUGCAUAUGUAAUUUUGGGUACGAAGUGGAUUCCACCGGGAAAAACUGUUUAGACAUUGAUGAAUGUACCGUGAAUAGGUUGCUUUGUGACAAUGGGCAAUGCAGGAACACCCCUGGAAGUUUCACCUGUACUUGCCCCAAGGGAUUUGUGUAUAAACCUGAUCUGCAAACAUGUGAAGAUAUUAAUGAAUGCGAGUCCAGCCCCUGUAUCAACGGCGUGUGUAAAAAUACUCCUGGCUCUUUUGUCUGUGAAUGUUCCCCUGAAAGCUCUUUGGAUGCUACAAAAACUGUCUGCAUUGAGACAGUCAAAGGCACUUGUUGGCAGACCAUUGUGAAUGGGAGAUGUGAAAUAAAUAUAAAUGGGGCCACUCUAAAAUCUCAGUGCUGUUCCUCGCUGGGUGCUGCUUGGGGCAGUCCCUGUGUCCCAUGUGAAAAAGAUCCAAUAUGUUCAACAGGAUAUUCAAGGAUAAGAGGAAAUCAGUGUGAAGAUAUCAAUGAGUGUACAGUGUUUCCUGGAGUGUGCACAAAUGGACAAUGUGUGAAUACUAUGGGAUCCUUUUUAUGCCAGUGUCCGAGCGGAAUGACUUUAGAUGCAACUGGACGGAGAUGUCUUGAUAUUCGCUUGGAGGCAUGCUAUUUGAAACAUGAUGAUGAAGACUGCACGUCACCAAUUGGAGGGCGACACCGGCUGGAUUCUUGCUGCUGUUCUGUUGGAGCUGCCUGGGGACCUGACUGUGAUGAAUGUCCUACAAAGUCUACUCCUGAGUAUGAAGCCCUUUGCCCAAGAGGACCAGGAUUUUUUACCAGAGGAGAGAUUAUAAAUGGGAAGCCUUUCUAUAAAGAUAUCAACGAAUGCAAAAUGAUUCCAAAAUUGUGCACCUAUGGAAAAUGCAAAAACACCAUUGGCAGCUUCCGGUGUAAAUGUGACAGUGGGUUUGCCCUUGAUUCUGAUGAGAGGAACUGUACAGAUAUUGACGAAUGCCGCAUCUCUCCUGAUCUUUGUGGCCAAGGAAUCUGUGUCAAUACUCCAGGGGACUUCCGCUGUGAAUGCUUUGAGGGCUACGAAAGUGGAUUUAUGAUGAUGAAAAACUGCAUGGAUAUUGAUGAAUGCGAAAGAUAUCCUUUGUUGUGCAGAGGAGGCAUUUGUAUAAAUACUGAAGGGAGCUACAGAUGCGAAUGUCCUCCAGGUCAUCAGCUGGCUGCCAACAUCUCUGCCUGUAUAGACAUAAAUGAAUGUGACCUGAGUCUAAAUCUGUGCAGGAAUGGACGUUGUAUCAACCUUAUUGGAAAGUACCAGUGUGCUUGUAACCCUGGAUAUCAAUCUACACCUGACAGACUCUUUUGUGUUGAUAUUGAUGAAUGCAGCAUAAUAAAUGGUGGCUGUGACACAUUCUGUACAAAUUCAGAAGGCAGCUAUGAAUGUAGCUGUAGACCAGGAUUUGCUCUAAUGCCAGAUCACAGAACUUGCACUGAUAUUGAUGAGUGUGAAAACAAUCCUAACAUCUGCGAUGGUGGUCAGUGCACUAACAUCCCUGGAGAAUACAGGUGUCUUUGCUAUGAUGGCUUCAUGACAUCAGAGGAUAUGAAGACUUGCUUAGAUGUUAAUGAAUGUGAUCUGAACCCAAACAUCUGCCUGAGUGGAAGCUGUGAGAAUACAAAAGGUUCUUUUAUCUGUCACUGUGAUAUAGGUUAUUCUGGAAAGAAAGGAACAACUGGUUGUACAGAUAUAAAUGAGUGUGAAAUUGGAGCUGAUAACUGUGACCGGAAUGCUGAUUGUACAAACACAGCUGGCAGCUUUAAAUGCAGCUGCAAAGUAGGCUGGCUUGGUGAUGGGAUCAAAUGUGUAGAUCUGGAUGAAUGCUCCAAUGGAACACACCAAUGUAGUCCACAUGCUGAUUGCAAGAACACUGCGGGAUCAUAUCGUUGCUUAUGUAAAGAAGGGUACACUGGGAAUGGAUUCACGUGUACAGAUAUUGAUGAAUGUUCAGAAAAUGUGAACCUCUGUGAAAACGGUCAGUGCCUCAAUGCCCCAGGUGGUUACCGCUGUGAGUGUGAUAUGGGAUUUCUGCCAAGCCCUGAUGGAAAAGCCUGUGAAGAUAUCAAUGAGUGCCUCCUUUCCAACAUUUGUGUCUUUGGAACUUGUCAAAAUCUUCCUGGCCUGUUCCGAUGCCUGUGUGAGACAGGAUAUGAGUUGGACAGAAGUGGUGGUAACUGCACAGAUAUCAAUGAGUGUGCAGACCCCACAACAUGUAUCAGUGGCACUUGCCUCAACAUCCCAGGCAGUUACACCUGUGAAUGUCCCCCAGAUUUUGAGCUGAACCCAACUCGUGUUGGCUGUGUUGAUACACGCUCUGGCUACUGUUACUUGGAAAUUAAACCUCGAGGAGAUAAUGGUGAUUCAGCUUGCAGUAAUGAAAUUGGCAUUGGAGUUUCCAAGGCCUCUUGCUGCUGUUCCCUUGGUAAAGCUUGGGGGAUUCCUUGUGAACAUUGUCCAGCUGUGAAUUCAAGUGAUUACAAGCUGUUAUGCCCUGGAGGAGAAGGAUUUCGACCCAAUCCUAUUACAGUCAUCUUGGAGGAUAUUGAUGAGUGCCAGGAACUUCCUGGACUUUGCCAAGGAGGACGGUGCAUCAAUUCAUUUGGUAGCUUCCAGUGCCAGUGUCCAUCUGGGUACUAUUUGAAUGAAGACACACGAGUGUGUGAUGAUAUUAAUGAAUGUAUCACACCUGGUAUCUGUGGCCCUGGAACUUGCUAUAAUACCAUUGGAAAUUUCACUUGCAUUUGUCCUCCUGACUAUAUGCAAGUCAACGGUGGAAAUAAUUGUAUGGAUAUGAGGAGGAGUCUGUGCUACAGAAACUACAAUGCUGACAAUCAAACUUGUGAUGGAGAACUGCUUUUUAACAUGACCAAAAAAAUGUGUUGCUGUUCUUACAAUAUUGGACGAGCCUGGAACAGACCUUGUGAACAGUGCCCGAUCCCAAGCACUGAUGAGUUUUCAAGUCUCUGUGGAAGUCAAAGGCCUGGUUUCUUUAUAGACAUUUAUACAGGACUACCAGUUGAUAUUGAUGAGUGCCGUGAGAUCCCAGGUGUAUGUGAGAAUGGAAUCUGCAUAAACCUGGUUGGUAGUUUCCGCUGUGAAUGUUCAGGGGGGUUCUUCUACAAUGACAAGUUACUGAUCUGUGAAGAUAUUGAUGAAUGCCAGAAUGGACCAGUUUGUCAACAAAAUGCAGAUUGUGUUAAUACACCAGGGAGCUACCGCUGUGAUUGCAAACCUGGUUAUCGGUUCACACCUGUAGGCCGAUGUGUUGAUCGCAACGAGUGUGCAGAGAUACCUAAUAUUUGUAGCCACGGUGACUGCAUAGACCGUGAGGGAGGUUAUAUCUGUCGUUGCCACACUGGGUUCAAAACCAAUGAAGAUGAAACUAUGUGUAUGGAUAUUAAUGAAUGUGAAAAAGAUCCCUGUGGAAAUGGCACAUGUAGAAAUACAGUUGGCUCUUUCAAUUGUCGAUGCAAUAUAGGAUUCAUCUUAUCCCACAAUAAUGACUGUAUAGACGUUGAUGAAUGUGCCACUGGAAAUGGACAUCUGUGCAGAAAUGGCGAAUGUGUUAACACUGUUGGGUCUUUCAGAUGCCUUUGCAAUGAGGGUUAUGAGAUGUCUCCUGAUGGAAGGAUUUGUAUUGAUAUCAAUGAAUGUGCAUUAGAUCCUGGUAAAUGUGCCCCUGGUACAUGUCAAAAUCUGGAUGGCAGCUAUAGAUGCAUCUGUCCCCUUGGAUUUGCCUUACAAGAUGACAAGUGUGUUGAUAUUGAUGAAUGUAAAGAAGAAGCAGAUAUAUGUGCCUUGGGCACAUGUAGUAAUACUCUAGGCAGUUUUAUUUGCCUAUGUCCUGAAGGUUUCAUAGUGUCCUCUACUGGACGAAGGUGUCAAGAUCUGAGGGUAAGCUACUGCUUCACUAAAUUUGAAGAUGGAAAAUGUUCAGUCCCCAAGUCCCGAAACCAUUCUAAGCAAGAAUGCUGCUGUAACAUGCAAGGAGAAGGAUGGGGCGAUCCCUGUGAGCUUUGUCCACAAGAAGGAGAUGAAGCUUAUAAGCAAAUUUGCCCAUUUGGAAUUGGCAUUCUGGUUGGUCCACGGGGUGAGCCCAUUGAUGCGAAUGAGUGUCAGGAUCCAGACAAUUGUAAGAAUGGAGUGUGUAUCAACACCGAUGGCUCCUUCCGCUGUGAAUGUCCAUUUGGCUACCUGCUUCAAGGGACUGAAUGUGUUGACAUUGAUGAAUGUGCUGUUGGAAGUCCAUGUGGAAAUGGCACUUGCAAGAAUAUCAUUGGAAGUUUUGAGUGCACUUGUGAGGAAGGUUUUGAGCCAGGACCAAUGGUGACAUGUGAAGAUGUGAAUGAAUGCGCUCAGAAUCCUCUCCUCUGUGCCUUCCGAUGUGUGAACACAUAUGGCUCGUAUGAAUGCAAGUGCCCCGCAGGUUAUGUCCUCAGAGAAGACAAGCGAAUGUGCAGAGAUCAGGAUGAAUGUGAAGAAGGAAUUCAUGACUGUGAUUCAAAGGACAUGACUUGCAAAAACCUGAUAGGUACAUACAUGUGCAUAUGUGGCCCAGGAUUUCAGCGCAGACCAGAUGGUGAAGGUUGCAUAGAUGAAAAUGAAUGUCAAACUAAACCUGGGUUGUGUGAAAAUGGACGCUGUGUAAAUACACAAGGAAGCUUCCGAUGUGAAUGUGAAGAUGGUUUCAUUGUCAAUGAAGCACAGAAUGAAUGCAUAGACAACAGAGAAGGCUAUUGCUUCACUGAAAUCUUACAUAGUAUGUGUCAGAUUGGAUCGAGCAACAGGAAUCCUGUGACAAAAUCUGAGUGUUGCUGUGAUGGUGGGCGAGGAUGGGGACCCAACUGUGAGAUCUGCCCUUUCUUUGGCACUGUCGCUUUUAAGAAGCUUUGUCCACAUGGUCGCGGAUUCACAACGAGCGGAGCAGAUAUUGAUGAGUGCAAGGUCAUUCACGAUGUUUGUCGGAAUGGAGAGUGCAUCAAUGACAGAGGAACGUACCACUGUAAUUGCAAGGAAGGCUAUACCACUGAUGUAACGGGCACACUUUGUAUAGAUCUGAAUGAGUGCAACCUGUCUCCAAAGCCUUGCAAUUUUAUUUGCAAAAAUACCGAGGGUAGCUAUCAAUGCUCUUGUCCGAAAGGAUACAUUUUGCAGGAAGAUGAGAGAAGCUGCAAAGAUCUUGAUGAAUGUGCAACCAAACAACACAACUGCCAGUUCCUUUGUGUCAACACUAUUGGAGGCUUUACUUGUAAAUGUCCUCCUGGUUUUACUCAACAUCAUUCAGCAUGUAUUGAUAACAAUGAAUGUGCCACUGACAUCAAUCUUUGUGGAUCAAAGGGUAUUUGUCAAAAUACUCCUGGAAGCUUCACGUGUGAAUGUCAGCGUGGUUUUGCACUUGACCAGACAGGUGCCACCUGUGAAGAUGUUGAUGAGUGUGAUGGAAAUCAUCGGUGCCAGCAUGGCUGCCAGAAUAUAAUUGGAGGAUACAGGUGUAGCUGUCCACAAGGGUAUCUCCAACAUUAUCAGUGGAACCAGUGUGUUGAUGAAAAUGAAUGCCUCAGUGCUCAUGUUUGUGGUGGAGCAUCUUGCCACAACACUUUGGGAAGUUACAAAUGCAUGUGCCCUACUGGAUAUCAGUUUGAACAGUUUAGUGGGGCAUGCCAAGAUGUGAAUGAGUGUGGGUCCUCUCAAGCUCCAUGCAGCUAUGGGUGCUCAAAUACAGAAGGUGGCUAUGUCUGUGGAUGCCCACCAGGGUACUUCCGAAUAGGGCAAGGACACUGUGUGGCUGGAAUGGGGCUGGGGAAAGGUCAGAACCACGAAUUACCGGUCAGCGGUGAAGUAGAUGACAAUUCUCUUUCUCCGGAAGCAUGCUAUGACUGUAAAAUCAAUGGCUACCCGAAAAGGGGAAGGAAACGGCGAGGCAUAAAUGAAACAGAUGCACUUGAUACAGAG